CUUUCAAAUUUUCCACGGAAACUUCAUCCAUUUGACUUGGGAGGACACUGUCCAUCUGAAUCCAAAGCGAAAAUCUGUGCUCCAAUGGAUGAAAAAUGACUGCCAAGAAAGUCCGCGUCGUCUUCUGCUCCUUCUCUUUAGAUCCUUGAAACCCCCACUCUCUCUCUCUCCCGAACAUGGAAUCCGAUCACUCCCCUCGUCUCAAGGGCGUCGUCAUAAUCACUCUCCCCCCACCGGACAACCCUUCGCUGGGCAAAACCAUCACGGCCUUCACUCUCCCCGACGACCCUCCAACCUCGCUGGUCCAAGAACCCGAUCGGACACCGACCCACCAGCGAUAUCCCCCCGCUCCGCUGCCGCCGCGAAACCCCGAGCUCCGAUUCUCUCUCAAGAGCCUCUUUCUCCGUAGCCCGAGAGCGGUCUUUGGGUUUCUGGGUGUCCUCCUUUUCGCGUUCUUGCUCUUCGCUUCUCCGUACGCGAGGACCCUCCAAGAGCUGCGCGACACCAGCGAGGACAGAGAGAGGGAGUCGUUUGUUUUCCCUCUUUUCCCUAAGUUUGGUGUGGGUUUUUUGUCGAGAGAUGACGUGGAGCUCAAGUUAGGGAGCUUCGUGGGUUUUGAUGAGGAGAGAAUCAUGGCUUCGAUCGAUGGUGGCGUGAGGAAAGACCAGAGGAUGCCUAAUGCCGUCGGUUCUGAGGAUGUAGCUCAUUCAUCUGCUAUUUUGCCCGUCAGGGGCAAUGUGUAUCCAGAUGGAUUGUACUUUACUUACAUCCUGGUUGGGACUCCUCCAAAACGGUAUUAUCUUGAUAUGGACACUGGGAGUGAUUUAUCGUGGAUCCAAUGUGAUGCUCCGUGUAGAAGCUGUGGCAAGGGUGCCAACGCUCUCUACAAGCCAAAGAGAGGCAAAAUAGUACUGCCAAAGGACUCGUUGUGCAAGGAAGUUCAAAGGAGCGAGGGGACUGAAUAUUGUGAGACAUGCCAACAGUGUGAUUAUGAGAUCGAGUAUGCAGAUCAUAGUUCCUCCAUGGGCGUCCUUGCAAGAGAUGAAUUCCAUCUAAGGACUAAAAAUGGGUCGUUGGCCAAAGUAAAUGUGGCUUUCGGGUGUGCAUAUGAUCAGCGAGGCCAGCUGCUAAAUACCCUUACAAAGACGGACGGAAUAUUUGGUUUAAGCAGAUCUAGAGUCAGCUUGCCUUCUCAGUUGGCAAGCCUUGGAGUGAUUAACAAUGUUGUAGGUCAUUGUCUCUCCUCAGAUGCCACUGGAGGGGGUUAUAUGUUCUUGGGUGAUGGCUUUCUACCCAAUGGGGGUAUGUCAUGGAUCCCCAUGAUGAACAUUCCUUUCAACAACUUAUAUCACACGGAGAUUCUCAAAGUGAAAUAUGGGAGCAGUUCACUCAAUUUAGGUGGUCUGAACAGUGGAUUAGGGCGAAUAGUUUUUGACAGUGGCAGUUCUUAUACAUACUUUUCCAAACAGGCGUACUCCAAGUUGGUUGAUUCUCUUAGAAGUCUGGCAAGCAUGGGACUCAUCCAAGAUGAGUCGGAUGAUACACUGCCCAUAUGCUGGCGAGCUGAAUUUCCUAUCAGAUCGGUGACUGAUGUGAAGCACUUCUUCAAGACCUUGACCCUUCAAUUUGGGAGCAAAUGGUGGAUACUAUCCACGAAAUUUCAUAUCCCUCCUCAAGGCUAUUUGAUCCUCAGUGUAAGGGGCAAUUUCUGUAGAACAAAAAAAACCCUCUUUUCUUUUCUCUGUGUCCAUAGAAGCUUACUUUUCCCUGCAAUUUCUGGGCUCCUUACUUGGCAGAAUAAAGGAAAUGUGUGCUUGGGCAUUCUUGAUGGAAGCAGGGUGCUUGAUGGAUCCACAAGCAUACUCGGAGAUAUAUCGUUACGCGGCAAGCUGGUGGUAUAUGACAAUGUGAACCGGAGAAUUGGGUGGACUCAAUCUGACUGUGUCAAAGCAGUAAGAUAUCAGAGCCACCCCUUUAUAUGAAGAUCAAAUUCUCAUUUGAGACUUGUAUCCUCCUCCUGUAUAUGUAUUUGCGAGGCUUUGUUCCUCCCCACCCACAUGUGCGGCGGCGAUCGGGUUUUUUAUUUGCGUAAUCCUAUAUUUAAAACGGUGAGUGAAAAAAUAGUCAAAAUUAGUUAGCUUGUACAUAUACUUUAAUGGUAUAAGUGGGACCUCAAGCCUCUGUGCAUUCUAUACA